AUGGCAAUGUUUUGUGGUGCAGAAGGGAACAAGUUCAUCUUCACAAAUGACAACAAACUUGUAUUCCCAUGGUUCCCUAAAUCACUAUCAUUGGUAUUAUUUGCUGAAUUUUUCGAGAAUAGCUCAAGGAAAUUAUCCACUCCAAGGCGUAGAUUUCAGUAUAACAGUCUCAAGCAUGAAGUUUUGAAGCAAUACAUCCCCGUCAUCGAUCAAACUGCUCGCGAACAUAUUGAAAAAGAAUGGGCUCCAAAUCAAGAGGUCAAAGUACUGCCUCCGAUGAAAAAGUACACAUUCAGUUUGGCAUGUUUUAUAUUCAUGAAUAUUGCAGAAGCAGAGAAAAUUAAGAAGUUGGCUGAUCCUUUCGAUAUUGUCAGCAAGGGACUUCGUCUAUCAUUGCCGAUUAAUUUGCCUGGCUUUGCUUUCAAGGGCGCAAUCAAAGCUGCAAAAGUGGUGCGUGAACAGCUGGUGAAGAUCAUGCGGGAGAGAAAGGAGGAGCUAAUGAAGAAUAAAGGAAAAGAAGUCCAACCAGACAGUUUGACACAAAUGCUUCUUUAUACAGACGAAGAUGGCCAAUUUAUGAGUGAAAUAGAGAUCGGAAUCAACAUAAUGGGUUUGUUGUUGGCCAAGUAUGAAUCAACCAGCAAUCAUGGUUCGCCAUAUCUGGAACGGAGGGGAUCGGUAUGA